AUCUCUUGAUUCUUAUGGCUGCUAUUUUUGCUCAAUUUCAUUCAUUGCAAUUCAUGAAGGCCUUUUCUCAUUCAAUGGAAUACGGAUCCAUGAUAUAAAGACAGGUUCUUACAUUGAUUGUUGCUCUCUUCCAAAUAUUUUUGUUUAUUAAUUUCUCAACAUUUAUACACAAAUCUUACAAAUAACAACAUAUUUACAUACAUCAUACUCAUUUAUACAUAAAAUAAGACAUUUUAAUCAACUUUCUAUUCAUGUCAUAUUUAUUAAUUUUCAGACUCUCUUGCUCUGCCCUUACCGACUUCAUAAAUGUCUGAAAUAUUAUACAAAAAUAUCUUAAAAUUUCCAAUAUUAAAUAUAUUUGUUAUUGUAUUAAUUUUUUUUGUAUUAGUAACAAUAUUUUCAAGAUAUAAUGAGUUUUAUCAGGAAUAUCCAGUAUUAACACUUUCUGUUACGAAUUCAUUACUUGGAGGGAUUUCUAAUAUGUCUGCGCAAACAAUCUCUGCUAUACAUCGUCGUCUGAGAAGAAUUGAUUCAUUUGAUCUGAAAUCAAAAAAGAUUGAAAUGGAAAAUAUUGAUUCUUUGGACAAAAAUAAUAAAUCGUACACAUUUUUUUAUAUACCGGCUACAUUUCGUUUUUCACAGCUAAUACGAUUUAUGAGUUAUAAUUUUCUUACAACACCUCUUCAACUUUGGUGGUAUUCUUUUCUUGAUCAUUUAUCUACAAUUUCUAGAAAUUCUAAUACAGCAGAAUUAAUUAAAAGGAUUUUAAUGGAUCAAUUACUCUUUACUCCUAUAAGUUUAGUUAUUUAUCUUAUUUUUAUGUCUUUAACAGAGGAACUAAGCAAGAAAAAAUUAAAAAAUAAAUUUAGCCAAGGCUUUUUUUCUAUAUUAAAAGCUAAUUAUUGUAUCUGGCCUGCUGUUCAAUUAAUUAAUUUCAAAUAUAUACCUUUAAAAUAUCAAAUACCAUUUCUUAAUAGUAUAUCUAUAUUUUGGACCAUUUAUUUAACUAUUAGUGAUUCAAAAACAUCUUAAUUUUAAACUUGUUUAAGAAACCUCUAUAUACAUAAAUAGGAUUUUAACAUUUUAUUCUAUAUUUCAUAUUCUACAUUUCAUAUUCUUUCAUAAAAUUACUAUCUAAAUUAUAAAUUUACUACUCAACCUAUCUUUAGAAUAUUCAUUAUAGAUUUAUUCUUAAUAACCUAACCCUAACCCUCAAC